UACCUCUAUAUAGCUGUCAUGUUAUAGAAGAUCACUGAUUCUCUGUAUCAUUGUUGCUUACAACUUCGGUAACCCUGACAGUUUUUAGUUUGCAAAAUGUAGUAAAAAAGCAUUUUUGGGUGAGGGAAUACUCUUUUCUUUGACUUUGUAUACUAUAUCGUUGUUAUAAUAGUAGAAUUUUUAGAACUCUUGGGUGCAGCUUCACUGACAAAUUCAAACAGGGUAUUACAGUAUUUUAUCUGCGUCUAUCAGUCCCAAAUUUAAUAAUCAUUCAACAGACAAAAUGCUCUCAGUGUCUCAGAACAAGCAGUCUCUGUCAAGUUGUCCUUUUCGCUGUUAUAUUUUUUAGGUCUGGAAACAUACAAUCAAGCUCUAAACCUAGCGAAAUAGGCCAAAUGUUGCAAGCCAAAGACGAGCUUGGCUCCUCCUUAGCUGGCCAAUAUUUUAAAUAUUGGAUCGGAGCUGGUGGACAUUGUGAGAAGCACCCUGACCUGAAUCUUCCAUAGUCUAUUGAUGCCAUUUUCCUAUAUUCCAAACCAUUAGAGCUUUUGGGGAAGCGGAUUAAUCUAGGAACAACAGUACCAAGCUACGUACAUCACAGCCGGCCUUGCCUGGCAAUUGACAUUUUCGCCUCCUAGCUAAGAAUUGUCAUACAAGCAUUAGAAGCUGAAGUCUGGAGCACGGCAGAUAAACUACUAGCUCUGCAACCGAAUUCGAGUUGCCUCUCCUGUUGCUAGUUCCCCAUGGCCAGACAUAGUUCCCUCUUCUUCUUCUUCUUCCUUGCUUUGUUUGUGCAGCACCUUCACGCCGUUGUCUCUCUGCCCACUUUACCCAGAAGAAGCUUAGAACCAGCGGCGGAGCAAUGGCAGCCCAUGCAAUGCGCCCCUCAAUCCCUGAUCCCUUCGUGCAACUCGUACCUCUAUGUGACUCCUCAAGGACGCAGCCUGUCCGAGAUAGCCUCCGACUUCAAAGGCAACGCGUCUCUCAUCCAGCCCAUCAAGAGGCUCUCAGGUUCGGAGGACCUGCUGAUACCUGUGCCGUGCAUGUGCGAGGCGAUCAAUGCCACCGUGAAUGCUCUCUUCCAUGACACCGGGUAUGAGGCGAUACAAAAUGACAUUUCUGACGACAUCAACAGCAAUAAGUUCAGUGGGCUUGCGUGGAACUUAACUGCUGGACUGAAUAAGGGAGACACAAUCACGGUUCACCUUCUAUGCGGGUGUUCCUCCACGGCACCAGAGGGGGUGUUGUCAUACACGGUCCAGCCGGAAGAUACCCUGAGCAACAUCGCAACACUGUUCAGUUCAGGCUCCAGGGAGAUCCUAAGCUUGAAUCCGGCGGUCAGAAAUCCUGAUUUUAUUAAGCCAGGGUGGGUGUUGUUCAUCCCGAUGGGAGUUGCUGCUUCUUCUAACAAAAAGAUUGGCGGUUUACCGAUCAUCAUAGCAGUAUCCAUAUCAGCUGCAGUUUCGCUUCUUUGUAUGUCCAUCAUCAUACUACGCCUGAAAAGGAGGUCUCCUCUGCCCAGUGUUGAAGCGCCAAAGAAUAAGAUGGAGAAAGUUCCCAGCAACACAAGCAUUGCAAUCCUCGAGAGCCGUUACUUUCCAUCCAAGAGAAUUGAUGAAAUCGAUCCUUUCCAAACGGAGAGGCCUGUGAUUUUCAGCUUGAAAGAGGUUGGAGAUGCUACAGUUAAUUUUGAUGAGAAGAGGAAGAUCGGUGAGGGAGGAUAUGGGAUGGUCUACCUAGGUUUCAUAGGGACACAUGAGAUUGCAGUUAAGAAGAUGAAAGCCAGCAAAUCGAAGGAGUUCUUCGCUGAGCUGAAAGUCUUGUGCAAAGUACAUCACAUAAAUGUGGUUGAGUUGAUUGGCUAUGCUGCUGGGGAGGAUCACCUGUACCUUGUUUACGAGUAUGUCCGGAAUGGAUCGCUUAGUGAGCAUCUCCAUGAUCCUUUGCUGAAAGGCCAUCAACCUCUCUCAUGGACUGCAAGAACACAGAUAGCAAUGGAUGCAGCACGGGGUAUAGAGUACAUCCAUGACCAUACAAAGGCCUGUUAUGUGCACCGCGACAUCAAAACGAGCAAUAUUCUGCUAGAUGACGGACUAAGAGCUAAAGUUGCGGAUUUUGGGCUCGUGAAGCUUGUUGAGCGCAGCGAUGAAGAUGAUUGCCUGGCAACUCGUUUGGUUGGAACACCAGGCUACCUUCCACCAGAGUCAGUUCUUGAGCUUCACAUGACUACCAAGUCCGAUGUCUAUGCAUUUGGAGUAGUUCUAGCAGAGCUAAUUACUGGUCUGCAUGCACUUGUGCGGGACAAUAAGGAAGCUAAUAAGACCAAGUCACUUAUCUCAAUCAUGAGGAGAGCUUUCAAAUCAGAAUAUCUAGAGAGCUCACUGGAGAAAAUCAUAGAUCCCUCCUUGAAAGACAACUACCCAAUAGAAGAAGUGUGUAAGCUCGCAAACAUUUCGAUGUGGUGCUUGAGUGAGGAUCCGUUGGACCGGCCUGAGAUUAGAGAGAUUAUGCCAGUGCUGUCCCAAAUUCAUAUGACCUCCAUAGAGUGGGAGGCGUCACUCGGAGGUGACACCGAAGUCUUUAGCGGAGUUUUCAAUGGUAGAUGAUCACACCUUGUUGCAUGCUUUGAUCGAUGUGGAUAAGAAAUAUGUUCUCAUGUUGAUUUUAUUUGAAGGAGGAGAAUGGUUCUUGGUUUGCAUUUUGUGAAUUUAUUUUUUGAGGCGAUUGAAAAUU